GAGGUGUGCGUGCCUUGAGCUCCGGUGACUUGGACACGUGGCUACUAUUAUUAUUAUUAUUAUUAUUAUUAUUAUUAUUAUUGGAGCUCAUUUGAUUAUCUUAAGUGAUUUGUUUACUACUAUAAUUACUCUCGUUUGACUUAUCUUAGUCCAUUCAUACAUAUUAUUAUUAUUAUUAUUAUUAUUAUUAUUAUUAUUAUUAUUAUUAUUAUUAUUAUUAUUAUUAUUAUUAUUAUUAUUGUUUAUCUCUAUACAAGGAAGUGAUGUUAGUAAGGAUGGAUCAGCUGAUAACCUCCACAUUGUUCUUCCUUCUGCUCCUCCACGCCACGCCCAAGGUGGCACUGACGGAGCUGGUGCCAGACAACAUCGCCAUGCCCCAGGAUCACGCCCACCGGUUUGUCCUGCCCGCCCCCGGCCUGAGACACCGCCCACCACAGCCCUCACCCCCACAGAUACCCCCACCACAGCAGAACUCGGGCACACCACAGCUAACAGAACCGCUCUCUACGAAUGAUCUAGACCAUUUCCUCCCCCUGGGCCCUGGUGACGGGGUGGCCAGGCUAUCGGGGUUGGACGUCGCCUGCAACCCCGAUUAUAUGACCGUCAGCCUCACCUUCGAUAACGCGUUCUUCGGUAUAGUGUAUGCGAAGGGAUUCUACAGUGACCCAGGCUGCAUCUACGUCUCAGAAGGAGGAGGUGGAGGAGGAGGAGGUGGAAGGGAGGUGGAGUUCCGGGUGGUGGCUGGACGGUGCGGUGUACACUUGGUCGAACCCCGCAGCGAACCACCUUACCUAGAGACGGUCAUUGUUAUCCAGAACCAACCCGGCAUUCAGGAGGUGUGGGACAGUGCCCGGGGCGUGAGGUGUGUCUUCGAGGAUGGGCUGGAGCGUGCGAGGGCGAUGGGCAGCCGGCGAGUGAGUGCUGCUCUGAACGUGGACUUGCUGGAUCAGAAGAUGGUCACAUUUGCUGCUAAAACGUCUGCCUCUGCUUCCCUAGAUGUUCAGGUCGGCCGGGGUCCCUUCGCGCGGUCAGCUUCAGGCAUGGUCCGUAUCGGCGAGCUGAUGACCAUGGUGGUGGGGGUGGAGGGGCCGUCCAACACCGAUCUGCAGGUGCGGGAGUGUGUGGCCAGGGACGGAUCGGGGCGUGCCUCCUACCAGCUCACGGACAAGAACGGCUGCGUGUUGGACAAUCGAAGGAAGGUCGUUGGCCCGUGGCAGAAGACUCGUGACACAGGCAAAGGUGAUAUGCCCGUAAUGGCCUACUCGCAUUUCCAGGCCUUCAAGUUCCCGGAUGAAAAUGACGUCUUCCUGGAGUGUGAGGUCGACCUAUGCGUAGAAGCCUGCCCCGUCUGCCCCGAGGAGGAGACUACCCAAAGAAGAAGAAGAGAAACAUCACAGCGAGGAAGAGACGAGGAAGAGGAAGAAGAAGAAGGAGGAGGAGGAGGACUGAGGAGGAACAGGGUGGAGGAGGAGGAACGUGGGUCAAGGAACGUAAGCCUGGCAGCGGAGGGGGUCAAAUUAGCGAGGAGGUUGAGAGUUAUAUCGCCCGAGGACUUUUCUCUCCUCAAGGACACCCCUAUCACUCUAGUCACGAAAGACGGAGACUCUUCAUCGGGGACUAAGGUAAAGGGCAUCGGGGGCAGCGUCGGGGACAUCUGCUUCAACGCGUGGACUUUCGCCGCCUCCCUUGUGGCCGUGGUGGUGGUGCUGGUCCUCUCUUCCUCCCUGACGGCCCUUGUGUGUGUCAGGGUCCGCACCAUACCCUCGACGGCCUCCACCUUCCCCCCUGACUCCUCCUUCCACGCCUUCUCCACCGUGUCGGGGAAAACGGGUUGAGGGGCUGUGGAUUGUGGGUGGAUAGGUGAUGGUGGUGGUGGAAGGAGAAGGGAGGGAGAGGGAUAGAAUGAAAGGAAGGAAGGGAAGAAGGAAGGAAGGAAGACGAAGAAGAAUUAGAGAGAAAAUGAUUGAAAUGAAAAGAAAAGACGGAAGGAAAGGAAGUAAGAUGAAUGAAACAAAGAAAGAAAUAAGAGAGAGAGAGAGAGAGAGAGAGAGAGAGAGAGAGAGAGAGAGAGAGAGAGAGAGAGAGAGAGAGAGAGAGAGAGAGAGAGCGGGAAAGGAAGGAAGAAAGAAAGGAAGGAAGAAGGGCAAAAUUGAAUGAAAGGAGAGAGAGAGAGAGAGAGAGAGAGAGAGAGAGAGAGAGAGAGAGAGAGAGAGAGAGAGAGAGAGAAGGAAGAUAAUGAUGACGAAGCUGAAGAAAACGAAGAAAAAGAAAGAAAGAACAUGAAUGAAGCGAAAGAAAAGAAAGAAAGAAAGAAAGGAAGAAAGAAUGAAAUAAAUAAAGAAAACGAGAGAAAAAGAAAGAAAGAAAGAAAGAAAGCGAAAGAAAGAAAGAAAGGAAGGAAGCAGAAUGAAAUAAAUAAAAAAAUCAACAAACACGUAAAUUCUCUCUCUUUAAAACUUGUAAAUAAUAAUAAUAAUAAUAAUAAUUUCUAAGGCUUUUGUAAACAUGACAUUUCUUACUCAAUAAUAAAGGCAAGUUAUUUAUAGUGUUAGAAAGUGGUUACGUUGUACAAUAUAUAUUUUUCUGAC